AUGUUCCGAACAGCUCUUCUUAGAUCUAUGCGCAGUGCUGCGUGCCAAACCGUGCGGAGGUCGGCUCCAAUUGCGCGCCCUGUCGGUGCCGGCUCGUUUGUUACCAGGUCACAAUUCGUCCCAUCUCCCUUCCAAGCUGCAAGAUGUUAUUCCGCUGCUGCCGGUCUGCAAAAGGACGAAGUCGAGGGGAGGAUAAUUGACCUAUUGAAGAACUUUGAUAAGGUUGCCGAUCCUUCCAAGCUCUCGCCCGCGUCUAACUUUGCGAACGACCUUGGACUGGACAGCUUGGAUACUGUCGAAGUUGUGAUGGCAAUCGAGGAGGAGUUUAGCAUCGAGAUCCCAGAUAAAGAGGCAGAUGCUAUCCACAGCGUCGACAAGGCGGUUGAGUACAUUCUUGCACAGCCAGAUGCUCACUGA